ACGGCGUUCUAGCAUGGAGCAUUGGAGCCAUCUAUUAUUUUGGUUUACAAGAAAAAGGUCGUCAAGUAGGGCGGCGACUGGACAGAUAGAGUUGACCGGUUGGUUACGAGAGAAUAUCUUCUAGCCACCGUUUUACCAUGAAAUAUCUUUGAACUUUUCCAACAUCCUCAUUCUCUUCCUUCUGGUGAUGAAGUUCGUUUUGAGUUGUCUGCCCCUCAGUCGCAGUAAUUUCCGGCUAGCAUGUACGGUACAAUCCAUAUCGGCGAGGUAUCAGCUCCACCAGAAGAAAUGCAUGCUCGAAAUAGUGCUGACAGGAUUCUUACCCACGUCAUCAUGGUUUUUGCUAGCUCGAACCUUUAUGCCCCAUCCGACUACGCCAGUAAUUCCGUCCACUCUAAAUCUAGAUAACUUGUACGAGGCUGAGGCUCAUCAUCAAGCAACAAGAACACUAGACAACUGUACACACCAACCCACUCAUCUACCUCGUCUGUUCCCAACGUCCCCUUCCAAGAAAGAAUGCUUGAAAAGAAACCUGAAAUCAAGAGGUACUACUAAUUGGCAAUUAGCGGUAUCCCAACCUCGACCCCAACUAAAUCUUACACCCACGCCGUUCCUUCGGGUUCGCAGCCGAAGUUCGCUCUUCUCGCGCGAAGCGGCUGAGGUGUGCGAGUAACUACGUACGAACGAACACACACAUGAAGAGGAUUCUUCUCCGCUCUCGAGUCGGAGGGCGCUGCUAUUGGUGCGCGUGAUGGAGCCAGGGCGGGGGAUGACGGGCGGAUGGGUGAGAUAGUUGGUUUGCCCCGAUUGAUUGAUAUGGCUUUUUUGGUAGUUGAUGGGAUGAUGAGAGAGAGGGAGAAGGGGGAAUGUAUUCAAAUGUUCUUGAUUUUCUAUAUGCGAUGUGUAUAUGCGUAUGCGUAUGCGUGGCUACUGUGACCA